AUCGCGACGAUGGCGUCGAGCGAGCGCACGCCCUUGCGCUCCGACCGCGAGUCCACGCGAUCGGUGUUCGCGUUCUCACCGUCGCGCGCGCGCGGGCGCGACGCCGCCGAGCCGCGCGCGGCGACGGUCGACGUCGACCCGAGCGCGGACGCAACACCCUCCGCGAGCUACGCGCGCUGGCCGCGACGCCGAGGGUACUCGAUCGCCGUCCUCUGGUUCGUCGCGCUGACGCUGUGCGGGGCGGUGUUGUACGCGGUCGAACCGUCGUCGAGCGCGGCGAGCGCGCCGGCGAGCGCGACGCCGGCGAGCGCGAGCGAGGAGACGACGAGACUGGCGACGACGACGAGCGGGACGACGGCGACGAGCGGAACGACGGCGGCGAGGACGACGACGGACGGCGCGACGGAUGGAACGUUGACGUUUGCGCCGGCGACGAAUGAGACGACGACGACGGACGGGACGACGACGGAUGGGACGAGCGCGAGCGCGGCGACGCCGCUGACGGUGGAUUGGGGCGAGGUGUUGCAGCCGGCGGGCGACGAACCGGCGACGACUGUUUCGUUGGAUGGCGAGCCGACGCCGACGUUUUCGGCGACGCCGACGCCGCCAUCGCCGGCACCGAUACCACCGCCCGAACCGCCGGCACCGCCGCCGGCGUUGAGCCUGUUGACGAGACAUUUAUUCUCGCCGAGCGCGUUCGCGCUCGGCGUCGUCGAGCGCUGCGCGGCGUGGACGACGCCCGCUUCGUGCUUGGGAGAUAAGGAUCUGUACGGAUGCACGUGGACGGGGGUGGCGUGUCAGGUAGGGUGCGCCACGUUUGAGAGUCAAAUCGGGUGCGACACGCAGGGCAGUCUGUGCGCGUUCGAUCAAGACGCCGGCGUGUGUUCGUUCGCGACGCACGGGUGCGCGGCGUACCGGGACAUCGCGUCGUGCACCACGGCGGGCGGCGCGUGCGACUGGUCGGAAGGCACGUGUUUCGACAUCGCGCGGGCGAACAUCGUCUGCCACGCGACGUCACAGGAGGAGUGCAGAAGAGAUCCAGCCGUGCCCAUCGCGGAGCAGAUACCGUGCACGUGGCACGUCGAGGAGACGAUUGAAAUCGCCGACGCGCGCGUGUACACGGGCGCAGACGCCGCGGCUCCGAACUCGACCGGCCUGUGCGUGGCCGAACGUCGUUGCGCCGUGUUCACGAACAGUCACGAUUGCGCGCAGUUAUCGCCGCGAUGCGUGUUCAAUUUCGACCAAGGCGCGUGCGUCUCCUCGAGGCGCGUGCGCGAACAGCACAGACUGUGUUCGCCCAACGCCGACGAGCGCCAUCGCUCGUGCCGCGAAGACCCUCAAACGGGCGGCGCCACAUUUUGCAACUUCAGUUUUGGCCCCGCCGCUGGUUUCUGUCAGCGUUGCGGCGCCUUCGCGAGCGCCGACGCGUGCGACGCCCUCUUCAGCGAUCGCGGCGCGCGCCGCUGCCGCGCCAAGUGCUUUCCGGACGAACCCAUCCCGGCGCGCCUUCGCGAUCACACGACGUACGAAUAUCCCGCCGGAUAUCCGACGUACGAAUAUCCCGCCGGAUAUCCCACCAACGUCACGCGACGCUCGCCGUCGCUUUAGCGCCUCACUCUAGCCUUGUAGUCUGCGCGCGCGACUCGCGUUCGUCCUCGCCGCGCGACGCCGACGCCCCCGAACCGCGCGCGUCGCGUCCCUCGCCCCGCGGCGCGCGUUACACGUCGACGCGUC